CUACUCAGUAGCAAUUCUGUUCUUUCGAAGGAAAUAUACAAAACGUACAGCAGUUUGAUAAUUCAAGUCGGCUUGAACUCAAAGCUCAAAGUUCAAUAUACAAUUAUCCGGUUGUUUGAAAGUUUUCCAUUCGAAUAACCAGCGAUUUUCUAUAGAAUCAAGACGCUGUAUUAACGAGGAAUAUUAAAUAUCGGAAUUAAACAUCAAAACGUGAAAAAUAAAAAUAAAAUUCACACAAAUCUAAUCGAAUUCCGCGCCGACCAUCAUCUCCUGGGUGAUAGAGUGUCACGUGACUCGAAAUUAGCCGAACGAAACGAAGGUACCGAGGUUAUAAAUAGCGGUCACUACAGAGUGGGGAGUCUCUUUUACUUUCUACACUGUACAAUAGUGCAUUUGCUCCGCGCUUGUCUGACUAUUACGUUUUGUGCUGUGCUGGUGUAAGGUUCGCUCGUGCGAAACCAAAGUAGGAUAUAAAGUUCGGACUAAACUUUCUCAUUUUCUCUAAGUAUUAGCGACAUCGAACGAGCUGAACGUGUCAAUAAAAUUGCAACACGUGGCCAAAGUAUUGGAACGUAGACAAAAGAAACCGAAGUCUAUAUCCACGAUCACGAAAAGAAAGAAAAUGCCGGAGACCGCUCAUCACAUGAACGGAUAUGCUAACGGGCAUACACCACCCGAGCUACAACAGGAAGGCAGUUUUCUCUUCACUUCAGAGUCCGUUGGUGAAGGCCAUCCAGAUAAAAUGUGUGAUCAAAUAAGUGAUGCUAUUUUAGAUGCACAUUUAAAGCAAGAUCCUAAUGCAAAAGUGGCUUGUGAGACUGUGACAAAAACAGGGAUGGUUUUAUUAUGUGGAGAAAUUACAUCAAAAGCUGUGGUAGAUUAUCAAAAAAUUGUUCGAGAUACUGUUAAACACAUUGGAUAUGAUGAUUCUUCAAAAGGAUUCGAUUGGCAUACGUUGAACCUUUUGGUGGCGAUCGAACAACAAUCUCCAAAUAUCGCUGAUGGUGUUCAUUUGGCCAGGGAAGAGAAGGACUUGGGUGCAGGUGAUCAGGUACAUAACCCAUUCUCAGCCCGUGCCGCAGAGCAGCCAUAUAAUUCAUUAACAUACUCUCUUUUUUAUUUAUUUUUUUUUUUUUGUUUUUUUUUUUUUUAAAAAUUUUU